AAUAACUUGACAUGCUGAGAGAAGUGGACUGGUGAGGGAGAGUGGGCAGCAAAGCACCUUUCAGGAGGAACUGCUGGGAUCAGUUUUAGAGGAACCACCAGGAAUCUGUCUGCUUCAUUCCAAAGGAAUGCAUGCAGAGUGUUCUUGUUCUCCCAGUCUGUAUUCCUGCUAGGGCUGUAUUCCUGCAGAAGAGAAGCCUGAGCCUGAUGCCUAAUAGUGCCACAGCUUCUCCUGCUGUCUUCAGAACUCAGGCUCCACUGCUGGGCACAUUUGCAAGGAGCCUGCAGCAAAAGCCAUGGCUCCCCUACUUCAGAGGAUUUUGAUCAAAGGGGGGACAGUGGUGAAUGAUGACUGCUCGCAGCUGGCUGAUGUGUAUGUGGAGGAUGGAAUAGUGCGGGCAGUGGGACCACACCUGCAGCUUGAGGCACCUGCUGGGCUCCAAGUUAUAGAUGCUUGCAACAGACUGGUGCUGCCUGGGGGGAUUGAUACCCACACACAUAUGCAGUUCCCCUUCAUGGGCACCCAGUCCAAAGAUGACUUCUACCAGGGAACAAAGGCUGCUCUAGCAGGAGGCACCACUAUGAUCAUUGACUUUGCAAUACCUCAGAAAGGCUGUUCCCUUGUUGAAGCCUAUGACACGUGGAGGAGCUGGGCAGAUCCUAAAGUCUGCUGUGAUUACGCACUGCAUGUGGCAGUUACAUGGUGGAGCAGCAAGGUCAAGGAAGAAAUGAGAAUUCUUGCUGAAGACAAAGGGGUCAACUCCUUCAAGAUGUUUAUGGCCUAUAAAGAUCUGUAUAUGAUUGGAAAUAGUGAACUAUAUGCAGCUUUUUCCCAGUGUAAGCAAAUUGGAGCAAUUGCUCAGGUCCAUGCAGAGAACGGGGAUUUGAUUGCAGAGGGUGCAAAGAAGAUGUUAGCACUGGGGAUAACUGGCCCUGAGGGACAUGAACUGAGUCGUCCCGAAGAGGUGGAAGCAGAAGCCACAAUGAGAGCAAUCACCAUAGCAAACGCAGUGAACUGCCCUCUUUAUGUCGUUCAUGUAAUGAGCAAAUCUGCAGCGAAGGUGAUAGCUAAUGCACGAAGAGAAGGGAAGGUAGUAUAUGGGGAGCCUAUUGCUGCUAGUCUUGGUACAGAUGGCACUCACUACUGGCAUAAAGAAUGGCAUCACGCCGCAGGAUAUGUCAUGGGACCGCCACUGAGGCCAGACCCUUCAACACCUGAUUUCCUCAUGAACUUACUGGUCAAUGAUGACCUAACUGUGACAGGGACUGACAACUGCACCUUUGACAUCUGCCAGAAAGCUCUGGGGAAGGAUGAUUUCACUAAGAUCCCUAAUGGAGUGAAUGGUGUAGAGGACAGGAUGUCUGUCAUAUGGGAAAAAGGAGUGCACUGCGGUAAAAUGGAUGAAAACAGAUUUGUAGCUGUUACCAGCACAAAUGCAGCUAAAAUCUUUAACCUUUACCCGAGGAAGGGAAGAAUUGCUGUGGGUUCUGAUGCUGACAUCAUUAUUUGGGACCCAAAAGCUACAAGGACUAUAUCUGCAAAGACACAUCACCAUGCCAACAAUUUCAAUAUAUUUGAAGGAAUGAUCUGCCAUGGGCUCCCAGUUGUGACAAUUUCAAGAGGCAAAGUGGUGUACAAAGAUGGAGUUUUCAAUGUCACAGCAGGAGACGGAAAAUACAUUACACGUAAACCAUUCCCUGAAUAUGUCUACAAAAGAAUCAAGCAGCAGGAUGAGGUUUGCCAGCCUGUCCCUGUUGAGCGAGCACCAUAUGGAGAAGUGGGCUCAGUCCAGUCCAGCAGGGGAGGAAAAUAGACGUAUCCCUAAAGCGUGUCUCUCCCAGAUAAAACCAGAUGAAAAUCAUCCUGCUUGCCCCAUCUAAGCAAUGCAUUCUGGUGCCCGUCGUGAGCAAGUCCAGCAUCAACUUUUGAAGAGCCAAAAUUUACCAGCUGCAAAAAUAGGCACUACAGAUCUUAAUAUGCUUUAAUGAGUGAAUGUUGUCAUUCUGGUAAUUGCUUUGAAGGAAUUUAGUUAAUUGAACCAAACAUUUAUAACAGCAGAGUAACA